AUGACGCCCGUCACGAUAACGCCCGCGCCGGGCGGACGAACGGACGGCCGCCUCGCGCAGGCCACGCUACCUAGGCCCCUGGACCACUUCCAUCUCUUCCCCAGACUGCCCGUAGAGCUACGCCUCAGGAUCUGGGACCUCAACCUCCCGCAGCCGCGAGUCAUCCCCAUCAGAUGCGGCGCCAAGUCCCUCUCCUUCGCCUCCCACUCCCAGUCCCCGCCGCUGUCGACGAGCGGGUGCACCUCGUACACCGCCGUCCCCGUCAACCUCCACGUCUGCCACGAGUCCCGCCGCGAGGCCCUGGUAUCGUAUCGCCCCAGCUUCGGCAUGACGCGUAACCCGGGCCAGAUCUUCUUCAACAAGGCCCACGACGUCCUCUAUUUCGGCGCACGCGACGGCUAUAUGGCCUCUGAGGCCCAGUUUCUCACCGUCAUGGCCCUCUGCGACCCCUCGGACCUCGCCGACGUGCGCCAUCUCGCCAUCAACGACUCCCUCUUCUGGGUCGACAGCACAUAUCAGUCGAUGAGCGCCGCGAACCUGGCCGUCGAGGUCCUCAAGCAGGUCCGCUUGCGCAUGCCGAGGCUGGAGCGGCUCGUGUUCGUGCCUCGCGACGAGAACCCUGUCUACGACGACCAGGUCGACCUGGUCCCGGCGAACCCCCACGGCAUGCUCGAGCAGCGGAUGGCGAGGCAAAUGGAGGCGGCCAUGAGGGCCGUCUGCGGCCUCUUCCCAGACUGGAUACCGCCACGCUGGUGCAUUAUGGCGCUCGGGACGGCGCAACCGGAGACCCAAGAACAGACGACUCAUGCCCCUUUUCCGUCGGGGUCCAUCUCGGACUGUUUUAUUCCUUGUUCCUUGCAAGGUGAUGCAACGACGGCGGCAUCGUCUUGCGUGUUGAGAAGGGGGUGCUCUCCGCGUGCGUAG